CCUACCACUGAGGAAUGAAGAAUGAGGAAGACGAGUCCAUCCACCGAGUACAGCAUAGAAGUCUCUACCAAAAGAUUCCAGGAUUUCUAUUUAUUUAAAUUAAACUGAGUACUUUUUUUUUUUUUAAUAAACAAACUUUAAGCAAGUGGGAUGGUACGCGGGUGCACAAGAGGCGCGUGCCGUCGGUUUAUAGACAGGCACCAGUCAGCGUUGAAUUUCGGCCUGCUGGUUGUCGCUUACAUCCUUUACCUCAUCGUCGGCGCCGGGAUCUUCUCCGCUAUCGAGCUGCCGUACGAAGACGCGCUCCGGCAGAAGCUCAAAGCGGAUCUACGGGACUUCCUGAGGAACAACUCCUGUGUGUCUGACGCUCGCCUAGAGGAGCUCCUGGCCCGCGCUCUCGAGGCCAGUAACUAUGGAGUGUCCAUCCUGGGUAACGACACCCAGCGUAGCUGGGACUUUGUGUCCUCCCUGUUCUUCACCAGCACCGUGCUGACCACAACAGGUUAUGGCCACACUGUUCCUCUCUCUGAUGGGGGGAAGGCUUUCUGUAUCUUCUACUCCCUCCUUGGCAUCCCUGUUACCCUCUUCUUCCUCUCUGCUGCGGUUCAACGGAUCAUGUCCGUGGUCACACGUCGUCCACUGUCCUACUUCCAUCGACGAUGGGCUAUGUCUAAGUCACACCUGGGAGUCAUCCAUGCUGCCUUCCUUGCCUUCAUCACGACCCUUAUCUUUGUAAUUAUCCCUGCAUGGAUCUUUGUCGCUCUCGAGGAAGACUGGAACUUCCUAGAGGCUCUGUAUUUCUGCUUCAUCUCUCUGACAACUAUUGGCCUUGGAGAUUAUGUACCAGGAGAAACUCCCAGUAAAGACGUAAAUCCACACCCACACCUCUACCGGCUGGCCAUUACAGUCUACUUGCUGCUGGGCUUGGUGUGUGUCCUGGUUGUGCUGGAGACAUGUUGGGAGCUUCCCCAAAUGAAACGCCUUAGACAUCGAUUUUAUGAAGAAAACCUUCGGGAACUGGACUCAGAGACCACCAACAUCAUCGACCGUGAUCAAUUGAGCGACCAGCUGGCCGAUACUGCAGAUCAUGUGAUAGAUCACCCAGCAACCAUCUCUUCUGUGUCAGAACAGGCUGCAUCCAUACGACAGAAUGGGAAGUCAGCGCCUUACACCCUGGCAUCAGGAAGUGCUCUUAACGGAAAACCGAGAUGACAGAUUGUGUUGGCUUCCAGGGUAUUUUAGUACAAACUGUUCUUAAGGGGCUGUGUAAUAUUCUCCAUGCAUGGCUGCACAGGACGUACCGGCUUUGACCUCUUUCUAUGUCUAGAGUUUAUAAGGAGUCUGAACAAAUUUAUAUAUAUAUCACCAUCUAAGCAAAGUUAUUUAAAAAAGCGAUUGCUCUUUUCCAUUGCCAAGAAUGAAGUGUUUAUCAGCAUGGCAUUGUUUCCACCCUUACUGUGCAAUUCCCUGCCGAUAGAGAUCUUGGCACAGAGGAAGGGCUGGGCCCCCCAAACAGAGGGAAACCCCCACAAGUUUCCAUUUCCUGCCAAGUUUUGAUGUUGAAAUUCCAAAGCAGCUAAGUCUGCUCCAGAGGAUUUAACAUCCACUCUUGGCACGUUUCAUAAUCUAUGGUGGUAUUUGCAUAGGAAAUUUGCCUUCUUGAAAACAGUAAAGCAGUACCAGAAGAAUCAGGCGUGUCGUCAGUGAGCCCUGUGUAAAUUAUAUACAGGAAUUACAAGAAGAUCAGGUGAUAGCAAAGAAUACAAAUGUUUUUGUUCAUGGUUCCUUACAAGUUAUGAUUAGCCUUCAGUUCUUGGUGGAAUGUAGAAAAUCAAGUGGUAAAAACCCUGCAAUAUGUCGCUUCUUGACACUAGAGGGCAGCACUUUCAUAUUACAGCUGGAUUUACAUGAAGCUUUUACUUGAAAUUGCUAUCUCAUGCUGUUUAGGGAUGUAUUUCUUUAAAAGUGUAACCAAGGUGCAAAAAUAUGUCAUUUUUAACACUGUGGGAGAUGAAGGAAUAUGCCGAAAGACGUUUUAGUAGCAAUAAAACAAAUAUACAAUUAAUGCUGGAUGUUUUAUGCCUGCAGUUAUUUCUGUUUUUACUCACAAAGCAGCUUUAAAACAGACUCAA